GCUUUUACCAAAUUUGAUUCAUCGGCAACAGAUCGGUGCGGAACGUUAGAACUGCCGGGUCGCAGUAAAUGCAUGCGCACGCAGUAAAUCGCGCGAAAACCUCCGAUUGUAGUUCAAUUGUUCGCUUCUGUCAGUACGCGAUGGUGCCGCGGUAUUAGCGGGAUAUCGAAUCCUACUCAUUUAAAAAUAAUAAUCCAGUAAAAAAUGGGGCUUUCAAGUCGCGCGUUGAUUUGGUACUUUUUGGUCGGCGCCGCGAUCGCCAUCGAAGACUAUUGUUCGUUGAAUGUGUACAAUAACAACGGCAACGAGAUGCAGUUCACCAAAGAGGCGACCAACGAGGAGUUCGCUAUAGUUGGCAAGUUCAAGGAGUUGCACUGCUGCGCCAAGGGAUAUCGCAGCAUCGAAUGGUACAAAGACGGUAAAAUAUACCCGUGGGAACUGAGCUUGUCCCGAAUGGUCCUCUUCCCGGAAAGUGCCAACCAAACGAUCUAUACUCAGAUAGUAACAGAAGAUGAUGCCGGCAACUACACGUGUGUUCUUCGCAACGAUACAGUGGUCCACGCACACACAAUCAACCUCAAAGUGUUUGAAAAGCUGCCGGAUGAUCCCAAAAUUACUUACAUAUCUCAAGACAAAGAGAUCGUGUUGGGAGAGAGCAUGAGACUCUUCUGCGAGGCGUUCGCGGGAAGGAUUGAUCUGCCCGACGCACACAACGAGGCAGUAUGGCGCAAACAACUGGUCAACGGUAGCCUUUUGGAGGUACCCGACCGCCUUCAACAGGAGAAAAUAACCAGAGAGGACGGUCAGACGUUCGGAACAUAUCUCGUAUUUCCUGCGGUCCAUGAACAAGACUACGGAACGUACACUUGCGUCAUCACUAAACCAGGGAACACUAUUCAAAAGCGAGUGUCCGUCACAGAAAAAGUCAAAGUUGUGGAAUAUGUGGAUCCAAAUCCGCCGCCGAUAAAGGAAAUAUUAUUCUUUUCCGCCGCGUUGGCGCUGCUGUUGACCGCCGCGUUCAUCCUGCAUAGGCAAUUCAGUUUGAAAUUUCAAAUUUGGCUGAAGGAUUCGUUUGGACCCUCCGAGGAAAACGACGGCAACAUCAACGACGUGCUUGUAGUCUUCGCUCCUAAAGAUGCCGAACUAGCGCUAGGCGUACUGAUACCGAAUCUGGAAAGUCGAUUCGGGUACAAGUGCCUUUACAAAGAGUUUUCAACCGAUAUUUCGAACUGGUCUUUGGAAUUAGCCAGGGAUUCCGAAUCGUCACGCCGUAUAAUAUCAGUGAUCUCACCAGCCGCGGUGAACGAAACUUGGGCUUCCUCCAACCUUUACCAAGCUCUGAAGCAGCUCCAAACAAUAGGCCAGUCGAAACUGAUUUGCGUAGCCCUCAAAGAAUUGCCGGCCAGUAAAAACGAGACCAAAAAUUCAGUUGGAGAAACAUUAUCGUCCCUGACCAGAUCGAUGAAUUUAAUUUUGUGGGAGAGAUCCAAGGACAGCAAGUUUUGGUUGAAUCUUAGGAAGCACCUGCCACCAAAGAGACGACUGGAUAACGUAAGCACAGAACUCGUGCAGCAAACCGGUGAUAAUCAAUCAAGACUGAAUUCGAAACCCUCCGAAUGUAGCUUAGACAGCCUGAUGGUGUGAGCGAAUGAUUGCGAUUGCUCUUUUGUAUGUUUUUUAUGCAACACGGGGACGCCGAGACAUAUUUUUGAUAACCAUGUUGUUGUGUAACAUUUGUGAUUCUAUUUGGUAGUGAUAUCUAUAUAUGUGUAAUGUGAACCCAUUUAUGUUCUCUCUUUCAUUUCCCGACGCCUUAGUAUUAAAUAUCGUUUUCCCAGAAAGAAAAUGGCAGACGUUUGUUUUUAAUUUAUUGUUUUAUAUUUAUUCUAUAUGUUUUUUAAACAAUUUUUAUAUAUAUUAUUCGUACUUUAGGUGACAUAGCUAUUAAACUGCUGUGUUUUAACAUAAUAUAAGUUUAAUGUUUUUAAAAAGUUUAUGAAUUGUAAGCUCCUUGAUAUUCUGAGCAGUGAAAAAACUGCAUUCCAAAGCUGUUUUCUUUGAUGGAUAAAUGUUGUCAUUUGUAAAAUUGACGCCACUGAAUCGCUGUACCAACUUGGUGUAAACAUAGUCAUAGCUCUAACAACGUUUUAAUGGGAAACUUGUAAUAAAUUGCGUUUGAACAAGUUUCUUGUGCUUUUGAAUUUCUAAUCCCAUUCUGAAGUCUACCUAUUUAGUUUUGAUUAUUCCAAUACAGA